ACUGGUCUUUUGAAGCUGAAGAUGAGCAAGAACAAGAUAAUAUUCCGGAGGAACUGAAUGACAUCCCUAUACACGACGGCUGUUUGAGAAAGCUAUUUUAGAAGGGGUAGAGCGUGACAGAUCAUUAAGAAUUAUGGUGAUUGGGUGCCAUGGACAAGGCAAGACAUCAUUGGUGAAGAAAUUGUUAGAAGAGGGUGUUUCAAAUGUUGGCAGCACAAAUGGAAUAGAUGUCAUCCACUUUGAUGUGGAAGAGGAUUUUUCUUGGAAAAGAAGAACCAUUGUGGCUGAUGCUGAUACAGAGGCAGCAAGACGGCUUGCAGCUGUAGAUUAUUUGGACGACGGACAAGAAAAGAUAAAUAUGUAUAAAAACACAACAAAAAGAAGACUAAGAUCUAGUUCUUUGAGUUCGAGUAAAGAUGGUGAAACACAAGAAAAUGCCAAGAAAAUGAAAGUAGUGGCAAGUUGUAGUUACUCUGAUCAGUCUUUAAGCCAGACAGAAACUGGUCAACCGUCUACUUUUAAUAGUGACAUCGCCAUAUAUAAGAGGUAUUCAUCAGUAAUGAGCAAUACCUCAUCGGAAGAUAUGACAGGGGGAUCAUUAAUAGGGUCAUUCUGGGAUUUUGGUGGUCAGUAUAUUUUCUACUCGACACAUCAACUUUUCCACUCAAGACAAGCAAUUUAUUUACUGGUCUUUGAUCUGUCUUUGGGACUUGACACUAUUAUUAAAGAUGAGGACUUUCCCAAUAAGAAAAAUAAGAAAACUUUGAAAGAUUACAUUAAAUUUUGGGUUAAUUCUGUCCACUGUUUUGUUGGGUCUAACGAUGGUGAAGAACCCCAUAUUAUUCUGGUGGGUACACAUAAAGACAAAUUAAAUGUUGAUGAAGAUGUUGAUGACUACUUUGAGGAUGUGCGAUGUAUAUUUGAUGACAGCAAGCAGCUUAGGCAUAUAUACUCGCAACAUUUUGCAGUUUCAAACAUUGGACCUGAUACAAGUGAUUUUUUAGAUCUUAGAAAAUCAAUAACAAGAUUGGGAAAACGUCUGUCAGAAGAAAGGGCACCUUUACCAGCAAGAUGGAUCCUUCUCGAAAAAUCGUUGAAAGAAAAACAACAUGAAAAAAUUACAUCAUUUGAUAAUGUUCUGGCCAUUAACAAAGAAAUCCAGUAUCCUUUGGCAGAACAAGAUGAGGUCAAGUUGUUCUUGCAAUUUCAUCAUGCAAGAGGGAGUCUGUUCCAUUUUAAUGACACAGAAUUGUCCAGCUAUGUUGUCUUAGAUCCACAAUAUCUCAUUGAUGCAUUUAAAUGUAUCAUUACUUCAAAGAAGUUCUGUAGUACUCACACUCAUUUGAGAAAACCAUGGAGAAGGCUGUGUGAUGAUGCUAUUCUUGAGAAAGCUCUUAUUGAAGAACUGUGGAAAAGGAAUCCUGAAACAAAUUUUUUGCAACACAAAGAUGUUUUAUUAGGCUUUCUUCAAUGCCAUAGAAUAAUUGCCCAGGUGCAGAAAUAUAAAGGAACCAAAGGUUUUUCCAGCAGUCCUGAAGUCAUGGAUUGUUACUUUGUACCAAGUCUACUUAAGGUUAGCUCUUCAUCCCAACUUGUGUCUAGUUUUAUUAAAAAUAAUUCUAUGACACAGGUGGCACUUGUAUACGAGUUUGAAAAUGACUGCAUUGUGGAGACAAUUUUUCAAAGAUUCACUGCAGCGGCUCUUGGAAAAUGGUCGCCUAUUACAUUUGAAAAUCAAAGCUUGCUUUUUGAAAAUUUGAGUGUAUUUGAGAUUCGACUUGAUCAUGCAGGAAUGAUAAAUUUUAGAGAAGGUAAACUAGAACUUUUAGUUGUUAAUCUGUGUCCCCCCGAGCAAGUUUCCAGCAAAGAUUGUGACUUGUUCCGAUGUUUCUUUGAAACAGUAGUAUCUGUUGAGUUUCAAAAGUUAUGUGCUGAUGAAUCAGGAAGUCAAGGUAAAAGAAAGUUUUUUACAAAUUCAGUUAGGUGUUAUAAUAAAGAUCAUGAGCUUUUUGGCAGCAAAAAAGUAUACAGAAUAGCGAAAAUUGAAGAGUUUGCCAAGUCAUGUAUACCUUGCCCAGACCGAAGGAGCCACACUUUCCAAGCUCGAGAUGUUUUUGACACAUGGUACAACAACUAUGUAGAAAUGGAAGCUGUUCCAAAAAGAUUGCUUACUAAUAAAGAAUAUGGUAAACUGGCAGCUGGAAUCAUUGGACGUGGGUGGGAACACCUAGCAUAUGAGCUAGGUUUAUCAAAAGUUGAAGUUGAACAUAUAGAUGAUGACUUUCAGAGAAAAUCAACAAAGAUUUUAGAGGUGCUGACAAAAUGGCGGCAAGAGCAGCUGGACAGGGCGACUCUUGAUGUUUUGGUCUCAGCCAUACGUAAAAUACAAACACCAAACCUAACGAUUGAUGAAGAUAAACUCAAAGCCAUAAUAUAUAACCUGGAUUGACAUUUUGGUUAUUAACUGUGACAAAGUGUGAAUUGGAGCAAGUUUCUACUUGGGUAUGAAAUUUCUUUUUGAUAUUUUAUUUUCUUUGAAAAUGAAUUGCCAAAACAAAAAUUAAUUUCAAGAUUUUACAAUGUUCAUUGUAAGGCUAAUUUGGUUUGUACUUACUUUAAUUAUUUAGGUUACAAGUGUAGAUAAAAUACACAGGAAUAAAUUUUUGGCAGAAAAUCAAUGGAAUAAUUUGUUUUACAAAUUGACUAAGGUUAGAUUUGUUCUAGUUGAAUAUAUUACAGUUUCACAAAUGUCUUUAAUGUUUUGAAUUUUAUGUCUUGAAAAAUGUUUUUAGAUGAAUUUUGAAGCAAUUAUCUUAGCAUGAUUGAAAAUUGUCCAAUUGUUCAAAGUAUUUUAACUGUGUUCUUGUAUUUCAUCUAUGUGUUCAGUUUUGAUCUAUGUCAUACCAAAGACCAAUUUGAAAAAUGGCACUGUUAGGGUUUUUUUUUAAGUAACUUUUGUUACUAGUCAGUCCCGUAUUGUUGAUCUCCUUUGUACACUAAAGACCAUUUUAAAAAUGGCACUGUUAUGGAUUUUUUAAUAGUUUUAAAACUAGAUAGUCCAGUAUCAGUAUAAAUUGAUGUGAUAUGAAUUCAUUGAUCUCCUUCAUACUAAAGACCAUUUUAAAAAUGGCACUGUUAGGGAUUUCUGAAUAGUUUAAUUACUGGUCAGUCUGCUAUCAGUAAUAAUUGAUGGGAUAUGAAUUCAUUGAUCUUCUUCAUACUAAAGACCAUUUUAAAAAUGG